CGAACCCAUGUGAGUUUGUGGCUUUGGGGGAAAAAAGAAGAAGCCUGUAUUGUUUUCAUCGAUGAAUAAAUAAAUUAAGCGUUGAGAAAAAUUCUAAAUUAGAAUAUUCGCUGGCCUAAUUGCAUCGAUCCACAUCGCAGGCAGAGAAAUCGUUUGUUUUCGCUCGCCAACGAAUCCGGCAUUGUUGUUGUCACUGAUUCCAGGAGAUACGUCGUAAGGAGAUUCUUCGGCUCUGUUUUCUGAUUCGAAAUCAGGAACAAUGGGGAGCUUGGGCACGAUGCUGAGAUAUCCGGAUGAUAUAUACCCGCUCCUGAAGAUGAAACGAGCGAUCGAGCAAGCGGAGAAGCAGAUCCCGCCUGAGCCACACUGGGGUUUCUGCUAUUCGAUGCUCCACAAGGUUUCUCGAAGCUUUUCUCUCGUUAUUCAGCAACUAGGUACCGAGCUUCGCAACGCUGUGUGUGUCUUCUACUUGGUUCUUCGAGCUCUUGAUACUGUCGAGGAUGACACAAGCAUACCAACAGAUGAAAAGCUUCCCAUCCUGAAAGCAUUUCACCGGCACAUAUACGAUACUGACUGGCACUAUUCAUGUGGUACGAAAGAGUACAAGGUUUUAAUGGACCAAUUCCACCAUGUUGCUGCAGCGUUUUUGGAACUUGAAAAAGGGUAUCAAGAGGCAAUUGAGGAAAUAACUAAAAGAAUGGGUGCAGGAAUGGCCAAGUUUAUCUGCCAGGAGGUAGAAACUGUUGAUGACUACGAUGAGUACUGCCACUAUGUUGCUGGACUUGUAGGUUUAGGUCUGUCUAAACUCUUCCUUGCUUCAGGAUCGGAAGUUUUGACUCCAGACUGGGAGCAGAUUUCCAAUUCUAUGGGUUUAUUUCUUCAGAAAACAAACAUUAUCAGAGAUUAUCUUGAGGACAUUAAUGAGGUACCAAAGUCCCGCAUGUUUUGGCCUCGCAAGAUUUGGGGCAAAUAUGCUGACAAGCUCGAGGACUUAAAAUACGAGGAGAAUUCAACCAAAGCAGUGCAUUGCUUAAAUGACAUGGUCACCAAUGCAUUGAUCCAUAUUGAAGAUUGCCUCAAGUACAUGGCUGCGUUGCGUGAUCCUUCCAUAUUUCGGUUCUGUGCCAUCCCUCAGAUCAUGGCGAUUGGAACACUUGCAUUAUGCUAUAACAAUGUACAAGUAUUUAGAGGCGUUGUGAAAAUGAGGCGAGGUCUAACUGCUAAAGUCAUUGAUCGCACAAAGACAAUGGCUGAUGUCUAUGGUGCAUUCUAUGAUUUUUCUUGCAUGCUGAAAAUAAAGGUUGACAAGAACGAUCCAAAUGCCAGUAAGACACUAAACCGACUUGAAGCCGUUCAGAAAGUCUGCAGAGACACUGGAGUCCUUCAUCAGAGAAAAUCUUAUGUUAAUGACAACGGACAAUCAAAUAUCUAUAUCUUAAUGCUUGUGAUUCUACUGGCCAUAGUCUUGGCAUAUCUCAGAGCAAACUGAGUGAUUUAUAGGUUCAUUCUUAUUCACGCCACUCUCUUUUAUUAGAACCAAAUCCUUAUUCAAGAUUGUUUCCAUAACAAGAAAGUUUAAACUUGGUUUGGUCUAAACCCAUGGAUUCUAAUUUAGUUACUGCCUUUGUCUUGUACCAUUUUUUUUAAUCUGUAUUUGGAAUAAACGUCCUUUUGUUCAUCUAUCUUCUCCCUUGUUUAAAUAUUUCUUCUUCUUCUUUUUGUACUCAAUUAAAUAUUUAUUUUAUAUAAAUCGU